CACAAUUUCUUCAUUCCAAUUUCUCAGACAAAAUGAAUAUGAAAAUAUAUUAUGAUAGUUUCCAAAGUUGCGCAUCUGCUGAAGACGGAGACGGUAUUAAAGUACUUUUAUCUACUGCUGCAUCUCACGUUAAAGAUCUUACUUUAAAAAUAUCACAAAAUAAUCCUAAAAAGCUGGAAGCGGAUGUUCAUCGUAUAAUUGGAAAUCCUUGGGCUGAACUUAUUUUACAAUAUUUCAAAGUUCUUUUAGCUAUUCACAAAAAUAAUUAUUAUGAAGUUUACAAAGAACAUAAUAAUAUGACUAUAAUUUUUUUCAGGCUAGCGUCAAACCUGUCCCGUUGGAUUCUACCUGUUUUAUAUAUGAUUUGCUGGGAAACGAGAGAACUUGCAGAUAAGGCUGACGAUUACUUAAUAGAUAAUGAUGAAGACCCGAAAUGCUUAGACGAAGCAGCUCGAAACAUAAACAAAGGAUUUUCGACUUGUAUCACUGACAGAUCUCCUCUUAAUACAUCACGUAAAUGGGGAGUUUAUUAUAUGGCAGGAUUUGCAUUUAAAACUUAUUUUAAGGUUAGACAAAGGAAUUUAUGUACAAAUAUUUUAAGAUCAAUAAAAGUACAGGAUUUACCGAAUCUUGGACAGUAUCCAAAACCUCAUCAAGUUACUUUUUUAUAUUAUCAUGGUAGACUCUUAUUUUUAGAAGCCGCAUAUCAACAGGCUGAAGAAAGAUUUGUAGCUGCAUUUAGAAGGUGUCCAAGAUUUGAGAAGAAUAACAAAGAACUUAUUCUUCGUUAUCUUAUUCCUGUUUGGUUAAUUAGAGGCGUUUUACCAUCACGAGAGUUAUUAUCAAGGUAUCCUGCAAUAAAUGAACUUUAUGGGCCAUUUAUUGAUGCUAUUAAAGAUGGCAAUGUUAAAAAAUUUGAAGAAGCUUUAUUACAAAAGGAAAAAAUAUUAGUCGCACAUGAAACUUUUCUUACAGUCGAACUUGCUCGCGAAAUUUCAAUUCGAAGUUUAUUUAAGAAAGUAUAUAUUCUAAACAAUCGAGUAUCAAGAAUUCCACUUGAAAAAUUUCAUAUAGCGUUAAAAUUUGUUGGAUUAAAUGUGGAAAUGACCGAAGUAAUUUGGUUUGUCGCUGAGAUGAUAAGAAAGGGAUUUAUAAGGGGCUAUCUCUCCUAUCAAAAAAUGUAUUUAGUAUUGAGUGAAAUUAACCCGUUUCCGCCUAUUGGUGUAAAUCAUCCCUCGGCAUUCAUUGAAUAAUGUAAUUAUUUGAAAUUGUAUAAUACAAGGUAAGUUUUUUGAUACAAAUAAAGAGGAAACAAGUGUUAAUUUAUCGAAAAAUAUUGGUGCCUUUAGAUGGGCGCUAAGUAACAUCUGGUGUUUUUAAGCUAAUUUUAAAAAUAUAAAAUAAUAGUAAGAAAACUGGAAAAGCUAGAAUUAGAAAAUUAAUAUUAAAUUAUGUAAAUUAUUUCCUUAUUAUUUUUGAACCAGAAAGAUGAAUUAUACAUAGAUCACAUUAAUUUCCUACAAUAAUCCGUUCUUAAAAUUUUAAAUUAUUAUAAAUUAGACAAAAAAAAAUUGACUUUUACUUCAAUAUAUAUUUAUUGGAUAUUUAUUUUAAAAAUUAUACACUGGCGGAUUUGAAUUAACUGUCAUAAUC